AUGGCUUACUCUCACCACCUCUCUCAACAUUCCUAUCAGGACUUUCUACAACUGUGGACAAGCCUUGAGGAGCUCAGCCCAGAUAACUCUUACCCUACCCUCACCACAGAGGCUGACACAGAGCAUAACCUUCUUGGUUCAUCCCUGGAGGAUCUCCACUCUGAGUUAACAACCGAGGACAUACCUUGUAAGCCGGUCUCCACAAUUAACUCUUCUCCCACAUCUCAGAUCGCUGGUCAAAUAUCCACAGUGACCAGUCCUCUGCCCAGUUCUCCUCCCCACACAGCAACAACCCCAUCCUGUCCUGGUCAAACCUCACCUCAGAUUGUCACAAGUCCUUCAGGAGAGCAAGUGUAUGCCAAACAUUCCACUCCUUCCAACACCAAUUAUCCUGGCACAUACGGAUUCCAAGUCUCCUUCUCUCCACCCCAGAAAGAGACCAAAUCCACAAGCUGGACAUACUCUGCCCUCGGCCGCAAGCUUUAUGUCAAGAUGGCCAGCUCCUGUCCUGUUCAGUUUCACACCAGUCAGCCUUCACCAGAGGGCAGUAUUAUCCGAGCCAUGGCCGUUUUCAGCAAGGCAGAACACGCUCAAGCUGUGGUCACACGGUGUCCUAACCAUGUCAGCAGCAGAGAGCACAACCAGAACCACCCUGCUCCUAGUCACCUUGUUCGCUGUGAGCAUCAACUCAGUCACUACCUGGACGAUCCUUCCACAGGCAGACACAGUGUGCUCACUCCUUAUCAGCAGCCACAGGCUGGCUGCCCUCAUCUCACCUAUCUCUACCAGUUCAUGUGUCUGGGAUCCUGUGUGGGAGGACCCAACAGAAGACCAAUGCAGAUUGUCUUCACCCUAGAGAACGACCAGCUAGUUCUGGGAAGAGCCGCUGUAGACAUCCGCAUCUGUGCCUGUCCUGCCCGUGACAAGAGACUGGAGGAAAAGUCCUAUUUACCUAAACCUCCAGCUUCCUCUCCCAGCUACACCACAGGCGACAAACCCAGGGCCGCUCACAAGAGGAAACUUGACACCACAGACACUUUUACCAUCACCAUUCAUGGCCGUGAUAACUUUGAAAUCUUACGCAAAAUCAGAGAUUCCUUAGAACUCAUGUCUUCUUUAUCCAAUGAUCAAGUCACUCAAUACAAACAAUGUAAAGUUUCCAAAUCCUGUACUCAACUUUUACAGCAUGACUUGUCAACAGAGUUCUUUUCAUUGCCACAAAUUAUUCCCCCUCUACAGAUGGUUCAAUAAUUCUAAGGGUAAAUACAAUUA